AUGGACCCGAAUCAGUCGCACAGGGACGUUCAAAUAGUACCAAGAGCAUGUCUUGACUACCUCCAUGGAGCCCAUCUUCAAGUUCUUCCUUCGUCACUACUUCCUGAUAUACAAUGUGUUCGUAGAGAAAUAAAAAGACUGCAUGACAUGGGGCCGGACAGCAUUCGACACCCACUUGAGUGGAAUACAGCUUUGCCCAAUCUAUUGAAAUGGAGUUACUAUGUGCAUGUACCUGACGUGCCGCCCGACAUGGUCGAAGAUGUCAUCUCCACCCUCAAGAUCCUGGUUCCGGUCUUCCAGAAAUGCUCCACGAGGGAAAUAAAAGCCAUGGGUUUCCUUCCAAGUGACCAACCUGUCGAGGUUGCUCAUUAUCUUCUUCUAUACAACUCAAGGCAGAAACUCUGUCAAUACUUGUUACUACCUGAAAUCGAUCGCCCGUCGGAAGCGCUCCCCUAUCUGGAGUGGCUCGUCGAGAACGAUACGUAUUUCCACAGGGGCAGUGGUAAUGUUCCGUGGUUAGAGAAUCCGAGUCUAUACUCAAUGUACGCCAAUGCGCUAGUUCUAUCUGGCGUUUUCACAGCCAAAACGAAAGUUGCCCUGGAGCACGUCCUCGAAGCCGCCGACCAGUCCAGAUUUACAAGGAUAAUGGAUUUUACACCAAAUAUCCUCUCAGCUCGCCUCGGUCUCUCUCUUGUCCUUACUGAGUUGGGAGAUCCUGAAGCACAGAAGCACACAGAAUGGGGCGUCAAAUUCCUUCGAAGGAAUGCGAGCCUUCUUCCUGAACGGGACCUCAGAUAUACGCUCAUCCGUGCAAAUCAGCCUCCGCAUCCUGUACUUGUCGCCCUCGGAGGCGAGAAAUGGUUUGUCGAAGACAUGAGAAACCCUCGGAAAGCAGAAAAUUGGAUGCAGAAGACGUGCAAACACUGCGGCGUACAUGACCUUCAGAAGACGCUCUUUCAUUGUGCGGGGUGUACAACAUCGUACUACUGUUCUAAGGAAUGCCAGCGUGCAGAUUGGAAAUCGCACAAGAUGACGUGCCGGGACCUCCAAAAGACGAAGGCUCGGAUAGAACAGAUGCGGAAAACCGACCCUAGGACUGCCGAACGCCUCACUGACUGGCUCAAGUGGCGGAAUCUGGUCCCCACAUACGUCCUCCACGCCCUCAUCCAUGCGUUCAACCUGAAGCGGGACAUCACCCGCGGGCGUAGGCACAUCUUCGUGCAGCUGGUGGAGCACAUGCCCCGCGUAAAGGACCUCCGGUACCGGUUCCGCGUCGUCCAGUGUGGCCUGUUCACUAUCAAGGACAUGACGUCCUCGCUCGAUGGCCUUUUUGCACAACUGGCGAAGAAGGCAGGUGCAGAGCCCCUCACCAUGCAAGGCCUCGUCAAGGACGUCGAUGCCAUGCUCGAGCGCAUUCCGGGCGGGGACGCGGUGCCCAUGAUCACGCUGAAAUACGGUAUCGGAUGUGGUACCUCGUUGAAUCGAUUGACGACGAGCCAAGACCUCAUUCGGGAUCUGCCCUAUGACCCAAACUGGCGCAGACUCAUUAACCAGGACGAAAACGACCCUCCUCAGCCGUUGAUCUUCUCGUCAAGGAAGCGGGAUGCCGAGUUUGUGUUCUGA